AUGUCAGACGAAGUUUCCAUGACUACCGAUGAGGCGCUCAUCUUCUUGCGAGAUGUUCUUGGCAUGGAGACUACGAAAGACAAUAUUCACAAGGAUCGGGUAGCUUUCUUGGACGAAAUGACAAUGGCAUGGCUCCAUCACAUUCCCUUCCAGUCCAUCAGGGCAAUCUCUGUGCCCCACCCCGAACGUCAUCUCCCAUCUUUCGCAGAGAUCAAGAAGGAUCUGUUCUCUAAGAUGGGCGGUCUCUGUUAUGAUCACUCUCUGGGUACCUUGGCCAUCCUCCGCGCCCUGGGUUUCGACGUCUCAUUGGUGACGUGCGAUGUCAGCUUCCAAGACAGCCACGCCCUGGUUCUCGUCCACAACGCUUCCUCUCAAGGCAGCAUCCAUAUGGAGGAUGUUGGAACUGGAUACCCAACGUUCAAGGCCAUACCGUUCGAUUUUGAGCUCGUGUCCCCGAGUACCAUCAUUCCUAUCUCCGCUACCGGUUCAUCCGUGAAGGCGACCUCAUCAUCCGUCAACAUCAUGCCGAUACCGAUCCCAGAGCUUCCCUGUGGCCAGACAGAGUCAAGGAUGGCUGGUAUUCCUUCAUCUACAUCCAUUACGACAAGCCGCAGAAGAUCUCCUACUUCGAUAAGGUCAUGA